GGGGCGGGGAGCUUCGUCGGCGUCCCACGCCUCUAUAAAGGAGGAAGCCGCUACCUCCUUCACUAUCAGCUGGUCGCCACCACCACCGCCGCAUCGCCGCAGCCUGUUCUGACUCUGAGACGGGAAGAAGACGAAGAUGAAGCUGCUGCUCGUCGCUCUGCUGGGGGUCGUGGCGUUGGUCUCUGCGGCCGUGGCCUCUCCUUUCCUCGACCCGGAGCUGUCGCCCGAGUGGGAGUCCUGGAAGGAGUUCCACGGCAAGACCUACGGCGAGGAGGAGGAGGGCUGGAGGAGGAUUAUUUGGGAGAAGAACCUCAAGAGGAUCUCCGUUCACAACCUGGAGCACUCCAUGGGCAAGCACACCUGGCGCAUGGGCAUGAACCAGUUCAGCGACAUGACCGGGGAGGAGUUCCAGCAGGUGAUGCUGGGCUUCAGGGGCUGGAACGGCACCAGCAAGGCCCCCCGCGGCGCCACGUUCAUGGCGCCCGCCUUCUUUGAGGCCCCCGAGUCCGUCGACUGGAGGAAGCAGGGCUACGUCACUGACAUCAAGAACCAGGGCGACUGCGGCUCUUGCUGGUCGUUCAGCACCACGGGCUCCCUCGAGGGGCAGCACAAGCGCAAGACUGGAGUGCUCGUGUCGCUGAGCGAGCAGAACCUGGUGGACUGCUCCUCGACCGAGGGCAAUCACGGCUGCAAUGGAGGACUCAUGAUCAACGCGUUCAACUACAUCAAGAAGAACGGGGGCAUCGACUCGGAGGAGUCGUACCCGUACAAGGGACAGGUCGAAACGUGCAAAUACGACCCCAAGAACAAGGCCGCGGAGGUCACCGGCUACGUGGAAAUUCCCGAAGGGGACGAGGAGGCACUCAUGAACGCCGUGGCCUCCGUGGGCCCGGUGUCGGUCGCCAUCGACGCCAGCCUCGCGUCGUUCCAGUCCUACGGCUCAGGCAUCUACAAGGACGCAAUGUGCAGCCACCACAUUGACCACGCCGUGCUGGUCGUGGGCUACGGUGUGGACGAGAUGGGGCAGAAAUUCUGGCUCGUCAAGAACAGCUGGGGAGUCACCUGGGGAGAGCAGGGAUACGUGCGCAUGGCUCGUGAUGACAACAACCUGUGUGGCAUCGCCACUAUGAGUAGCUACCCACUGGUGUAAUAAUAAUCUGGUCUGCCUGCCUCCUCUAACAAAAGACAAAUAUAGUGGUACACAAUUUCCCAUUGGUGCACCAUCAACCGCAUCUGAACAUCACCAGCAGGCCGUUGUGCACAUCUCCAUAAAUGUAAAAAUUAAAGACACAAGCCACAGCAGUGCAAUUAUGGCCACGCAACCCAAACUAUUGACCACACAGUGAACAAGUGUAACCUGCGCGCUCCUUCGACGCAGGAGGAACAGCAAAAGUACACGAACUAUCUCCUUGAAGCCGCCUCGUGACCAGUAGACCUCAACACUGGCAUCUAGCUCCUGAACAUAUAGUUUGCAUGCGCAAGGAUAUAUAAUAGAAUUGCCCAUUUAAGUCAAAGUCACAUUCAGGCAUUUCGGUCCUCAAAUUAGCAAUC